AUGCAGGCGGAAAAAUCAAAUAGCCUCCUACAUAAGUUGAGAGCCACUACAUACCACACAACCGGCAAGGCUACUAAGUAUUUAGCGGCCAGGCUUAGGGCAAGACUGACCCAGACCAAGAUACCCUACAUUCUGGAUGACGACGGCAACAAACAUAUAGACCCACAAGCGAUCAGCAAUGCGUUUGCGGCCUUUUACUCCAAAUUACAUAACCUCCAUACAGACACAACAAUACCGCACCCUCAAAGCUUAGACGCAACACGCUAUCUAGCAGACAUCACUCUGCGCAAGGUGUCUGAGGACCACCUUCGAGCUCUACUACAACCUAUCACAGUCCCAGAAAUCACCCACACUAUUAAACAGCUCCCCCUGGGGAAGUCCCCAGGCGCAGAUGGGCUUUCUAACGCAUACUACAAAGAGUUUAGUGACCUACUAGCGCCGCAGCUCCUGAAACUAUACCGGCAAACAGCUACCUCAG